AUGACGGUCAUAUCUCGUGAGAAAAAGUGGUGGAAAGAGGCCGUCAUUUACCAGAUCUACCCGGCCUCAUUCUGUGACUCCAAUGGCGAUGGCAUCGGUGAUUUGCCAGGCAUCACAUCCAAGCUAGACUACAUCGCUAGGUUGGGCGUCAAUGUGAUUUGGAUCUGCCCCAUGUACGACAGUCCCCAGAUCGACAUGGGCUACGAUAUUUCCAACUAUGAGGAUGUCUACAGGCCGUACGGCACAGUUGAGGACAUGGAAGUUCUCAUCCGCGAGACACACGCUCGCGGCAUGCGAAUUAUGCUAGAUCUCGUCAUUAACCACACCUCUGACCAGCACGCUUGGUUCAAGGAAUCUCGCUCAAGCAAAGAUAACCCCAAGAGAGACUGGUACAUCUGGCGACCAGCCAAGUAUUCCCCCUCUGGGGAGAGACUGCCUCCUAACAACUGGCGUUCCAACUUUGGUGGUGGCAGCGCGUGGGAGUGGGAUGAAGCCACUGGGGAGUAUUACUUGCACUUGUUCGCGACGGAGCAGCCUGAUUUGAAUUGGGAGAACGAGGUUACCAGGAAAGCUAUUUACGCAUCAGCCAUGGAAUUCUGGCUCGAUCGCGGCGUGGACGGUUUCCGCGUCGACACUGUCAACAUGUACAGCAAGCCUGAUCUUAGCGACGCACCUAUCGUGGAUCCUAAGGCCCCCUUCCAGCCCGCAGGUCUAUUGUACUGCAAUGGGCCCCGGAUGCACGAGUUCCUGGGAGAAAUGAACGCCAUUCUCUCCCGUUAUGGGGCCAUUACCGUGGGCGAGCUUCCAAACACCCCAGACAUGGAUAGGGUUCUGCAGUAUGUGAGCGCCAAGGCGAAGCAGCUCGAUAUGGUGUUCCAGUUUGACGUGGUGGACACUGGGUUCGGUAAAACACACAAAUACGAAACUACGCCCAAGAAUUACACACUGCCCGACUUCAAAGCUGCAGUCGGACGCACUCAGGGACUCAUCCGCGGCUCUGAUGGCUGGACGACUGUCUUUCUCGAGAACCACGACCAAGCCCGGUCGGUCUCUCGCUUCACCGACGACAGACCUGAGUACCGCGUCCUCGGAGCCAAGAUGCUCGCUCUUAUGGAGUCUUGUCUCAGUGGUACCCAGUACGUCUACCAAGGUCAGGAAAUCGGCUGCGUCAACGUACCGAAAGAGACGUACCCCGUCGAGAACUAUCUCGACAUCGACAGCUGCCUCUUCAUCAAGAUGACCAAAGACCUCCACGGCGCCGACAACAAACAGGAACUAGACAAGGCUUUCUCCGCUCUUCAACAUCUCGCUCGAGACCAUUCCCGCGUACCAAUAGCAUGGAACGGCAAAGCCAAAUACGGCGGUUUCUCAGAGGCAGCCGAAAAAGCAGGCCUGGACGUCAAAGAAUCCUGGAUGAAGCCCCAUCCCCUGGCCGGCGAGAUCAACGUCGCGUCGCAGGUCGACGAUCCGGACAGCGUGUUCGCAUUCUGGCGCAAGAUGCUGCGCUUCAGAAGGGAACACGCCGAUUUACUGGUGUACAGCGACUUCAGAGAUCUGCGGCCCCAGGAUAUGGACCUGUUUGUGUUUGUGAAGGAGGAUCCUCGGGGGGCUGAUAAAGCAGUUGUGAUUUUGAACUUUACGACGGAGGAGAAGAAGGUGGUUAUGCCGACGGCAGAGGAGCUGGGACUUCAGGAUGUGAAGCUGGUGCCUGUUAUGUCUACGCAUGGUGGGAAGAUACGGGAGGGUGUGUUGUCGCCUUUUGAGGGACAGGUUUAUCUUGCUGGUGCUUGA